GCUGGAAAGCCUCGUCAUUCUCCGCUGUUCGUUCUGCUCACCGUUCCGGAUAGACAAACGAACGCACUAACGAAAAUAGUUUCAUAGUGUUCCAAACAACGCGAGAUGGCUACGAGUGAAUCGAACAAUGAUAAAUUAGAGGAGGUGAAGCAACAGGUCGACGAUGUCGUGGACAUAAUGCACGACAACUUGAAGUCGGUAAUGCAGCGUGGAGACAACCUGACCGAUCUCUCGUCUCGAGCGGACCAGCUUGAAGAAAACGCGAAAGCCUUCGAGAAACAGGCCGUCACAUUGAAACGGAAACAAUGGUGGCAAAACAUGAAGAUGAAAAUAAUUCUUGGGAUAAUACUCGCCGUAAUCAUCGCAAUCAUCAUCUAUCUCGUUUUAUAGAGGAAACAUCGACGGGUCCAGGUCCCCGUGUAAUCGAUUCAGGAAAAUGGAACGAUAUCUCUCUCCGCACAGGAAUCAUGCCCAAUCGCGCUCGACGCUGAGAAAACCUCGGCCGCCAAUUGUAAAUAGGCUCCACCCCAUUUCGAAUAAAAUCUC